AUGGAUAGUGAUGAAGAGGAAGUUUUACUUUUAUUAGCCUUAAUUGACUCACCAGUUAAGAAAAGAAUUUGGAUCCAUGACAUCAAUAGACAACACCGAAUUCAUGGGGAAUUCCACACUUUAUAUCCAAGAUUAAGAUUGGAUGAAGAUCGGUUUUUUAAUGCAUUCAGAAUGACGACUGAGAACUUUGAUGAAAUAUUAAAUAUGAUAAAGGAAAAUAUCAGCAAAUCAUUCACUAAAUAUCGAGAACCCAUAUGCCCUGAAGAACGCUUAGCAAUAACGUUGAGAUUUUUAGCAAGUGGAGAUUCAUUUCGCUGUAUUGCAAACAGUUAUAGAGUGGGUUGCUCAACUGUCGCAGAAAUUGUUGAUGAAGUUUGUGAUGUUAUUUGGACUACAUUACAACCCAUAUACAUGAAGCCUCCUACAGAAGAAAUGUGGAACUUAACAUCUGAAGAGUUUUAUAAUAUGUGGCAAUUCCCCAAUUGCCUCGGCAGUAUUGAUGGAAAACAUGUCACUAUCGUUUGUCCGCCUAAUUCAGGCAGCAAUUAUUUUUGCUACCUCAAAAAAUUUUCUGUCGUCCUUAUGGCAAUAGUAGGACCACACUACAAUUUUUUAUGUAUCGAUGUUGGAGGUUUUGGAAAAAAUAGCGACGGUGGAAUUUUCGAAAACUCUGUCAUGGGAAGGAGGUUUAAUAAUGGGGCUAUGAAUGUUCCAAGGCCUAAACUAUUGCCAAGAACUAAUGACGUCACACCUCAUGUGUUAAUAGGAGAUGAGGCAUUCCGAUUGCAAGCACAUGUAAUGAAACCAUUCAAUCAAAGAGUUUCUAGGGUUGAUAGAAGAAAGGAAGAAUACAAUAAGCGCCUAUGCCGAGCUAGACGCGUUGUUGAAAAUGCAUUUGGAUUACUGGCUCAAAAAUUGCGAAUAUAUUUCAAACCCAUGCACCUAAAAGUGUCUUCAGCUAAAAAAGUGAUAAAAGCAACAUGCGUACUCCAUAAUUAUUUACGCUCUAAAACUUGCAAUACCCCGUACUUGCAAAAUAUGUAUUUUACUACUCAACAAAAUAAUGCAAUGAACAAUGAAUAUCAAAAUUUUGAAACUUUGCAACUUUCAGGUGAUAGGGUACGUACACAAUUUGUCAACUUCUUUAACCCUUAA